UAGACCCUUCAUUGCAAUGAUAUCAGUUAACUUGAUUUUAGCCACUGUUAAUAUCCUUCUUAAGAAGCUCCUCAAUGAUGGAAUCAAUGAUUUAGUUAUCAUCACUUAUAGACAAUUAAUUGCUGCAAUUUUUCUAAUCCCCAUUGCUUAUAUUAAGGAAAGAAACCUCACUCACAGGCUCACGGCUCGGAUAGUGUGUUAUUUAUUCUUCAGCUCGUUAAUCGGAUCAACUCUCAUGCAAUACUUCUUCAUGGUCGGGUUGAAAUACACGACACCAACAUUCACAACCGCAUUCAUCAACAUAGUGCCGGUGAGCACGUUUAUCUUGGCAACCUUGUUCAGGAUGGAGAGGAUUAACAUAAAUAAUAUUGGUGGGAGGGCUAAGUUAUUGGGAGCAAUAAUUGCGAUAGGAGGAGUUCUAGUGUUGAACUUAUACAAAGGAAUGACAUUGAUAAGACCGUCGUCGAAUGAUCAACAUAACAUAAACCUAAUCGAUCAUAGUGAGCACGCAAAGAAAUGGGUAAUCGGAACGAUCCUAUUGACCACGGGUAGCCUCAUGUGGUCUUUGUGGUUCCUUAUGCAAGCCGGUAUUGGAAUGAUGUACCCGUGUCAAUACUCUAGCACCGCUGCCUUGUGUUUAUUUAGUGGUGUUCAAUCGAUUGUUCUUGAUUUCGCAAUUAACGGGAAGUCCUCAUCAUGGAUUAUAAAAGGAAAGAUGGAGAUAGCAUCUUUUAUAUAUACGGGGAUGAUGGGAUCGGGUUUUUGUUACGUAGUAAUUACAUGGUGCGUUAAGCAAAAAGGUCCAGUCUUCACAGUUGCGUUUAGCCCAAUCAUACAAGUAAUUGUCGCAAUAUUCGACGUAUCUUUCUUACAUGGAGAAAUUCGUCUCGGCUGUGUACUAGGAUCCCUUCUUGUAAUUGCGGGUAUGUACGUUCUUCUAUGGGGUAAAGUUCUCGAGUCAAAGGAUUCUGUCGCAAAGAUUGCUCCUCCAGCAAAGUUAGAGGAUGAGGAAAGCUGGAACAGUCGACCUAUUGACUCAAAUCUUCAGCAAAAAGGCCAACAAAAGGAUGAUCCACUUUAA